UCACGUCUUACAUGUUCAAGAAAAUAAAAUGAAAAUUGCCAAGAUUUGUGAAGAGCUUAUCAAACCAUCAUCCCCAACUCCACAUGAACUUAGAGACCACAAAAUCUCUUUCAUAGAUGAAUUAAUACCCCAUUCUUCAAUUCCACUCAUUUUGUUCUUCAAAAAGAGUGAAAACAUCACACAAUCACAAAUAUGCAACCACUUAAAAACUUCACUUUCACAAACUUUAACUCAAUUUUACCCUUUGGCUGGAAGAAUAAAGUCCCAAUAUUCAAUUGAUUGCAAUGAUGAAGGAGCUUACUAUCAAGAAUCACAAGUGGAUGCUUCACUUUUAGACAUAAUCAAGAAUCCAAAAUCCAAUGAAUUGGUCCAACUCACACCUUACAAUUCAAAUGGCACCUUAUCAAAUUUUCAACAACUCUUAGCCAUUCAAGUUAACUUAUUCAAUUGUGGUGGUAUAGCACUUAGUAUCUCCAUUUCACAUAAGAUUGGUGAUGCUUCUAGCCUUUGUAAAUUCAUUAUGAAUUGGAGCAAUGCAAGUGAAGGAUCAAUAAGAAGCAACACAUGUUGCACAGACUCUUCAGAAAUAUUGUUGCACCCGUGCCAGAUCCUUAAAAAAUAUACUACUUCUGAAGCAUCCGACAUGCACUUGAAGAACAUGGGGGCAAACAAGGUAAGAAAAGACUCUAUUUUCGUCUUUUUAUCGUCAAUUUUUCCAUCGAGAGGGACAAUUGAUAACACGUUAAAUGUAAACAACAUGCCAAUUCGUAUUGUAGCUGAAAAAUUAGUAGUAAAAAGAAUUGUUUUUACUACUUCAAAUAUAGCCAAAGUGAAGGCUAAGUUGAUAAAUUGGGGUUACAAUGAGAACGCGACACGUGUAGAAGUUGUUAUGGCUUUGUUAUGGAAAUGUUUCAUGGCUGCAAAAGGGUGUAACUCUGUUGCAAUUAUUCCAGUGAAUAUAAGGCAAAGGAUAGUUCCACCCUUUGAUGAAAAUUCAUUUGGUAACUUUUUUUUAGUAACAAGUUGUAUAGCAAGUGUGAAAAAUGAAUGGUGUUCAUUGGUAGGAAAAAUAAAGAGUGCAAUUGGGAGAAUUGAUGGUAAUUACGUGGAGAAAAUACGCGGAGAGGAUGGUUUUGAGUUUGUAAAUAGUAAUUUUAAACAAGUUGGAAAAUUUAUUAUGAGUCAAGGGGAUGAUUUUCGCGUGUUAACAAUUUCAAGUUGGUGUAAAUUUCCGAUUUAUGAAGCAAACUUUGGAUGGGGUGAGUCUAUUUCUACGAUUGUUGCGACUCUUGGGAUAAAAGAUAAUAUUAUUUUAUUAGAUUCUAAAGAAUUUCGUGGUGGAAUUGAAGCUUGGAUUGUUAUGGUUGAUCAAGAAAUGACACUUUUUGAACAAGACAAAGAACUUCAAGAUUUACUUCAUUAG